CGUUGAGGGCCAGUCAUGGUGAACGUCCAUUUUAUUAAGUAUCCAAUAUGUAUUUUGUGUUUUGUUUAUCCACAGGCCAAGUUUGAGUUUCAUCAUGGAGACUACGAGAAGCAGUUGUUGCAUGCUGUCGGCCGGAGGGACAAGGCUGGAAUGGUUAUGAACAACCCAACUCAGUCGGUCUUCCUCUUUAUGGACCGACAGCACUUACAGACUCCUAAAACCAAGGCCACAGUUUUUAAGUUGUGCAGCCUUUGCCUGUACCUGCCCCAGGACCAGCUAACGUGCUGGGGCGUUGGAGACAUCGAAGACCAUCUCCUCCCGUACAUGCCCGACUAGGCCCAGCCGGCCUCCAUGGCUUCCACCCACAACACAAGGAAGACUUAACCCCUAAGCCACUGAAGCAAGUUGAUCUCAUCCACCACACAUCCUUCCUUCCAUUGAAUAGAACUGCUGCUUGGGUCUCUUGUUUGUUAGUUUCCAUCGUCCUGAAGCUAAUUUAAAAAAUAAAUAAAAAUCUGUAUUUGUUUUUCCUUAC